UUUUAUCCUUUUGGGGAAAGAAGAGGUCGAAUCCUGUCUCCUUUUACAAAGCUAAACCCUAAAUUUCAAAAUCUCUCUCCUCUCAACCUCUUUCCCUCUUUUCAAUUCAUUUCUAGCUUUGUUAACUUCGGUGUACAUCUCAAAUCCGCAAACCAUAAACCGAAUUGUCGCUCCGAAUCCGCAACAUCAUGUUCAGCAACCAUGAUUCUAGACUCCACGACGCCGGAUCUUACCGACAGCGCCGAGUUGAUUUAGUUGGGCCGCCACCGAUGAUGAGUCCACCCCCUAUGCCAGGUGGUGCUCCGCCCAGCUAUGGCCGCGGAGGUCCUCAUGUGGCACCUCCGUUUAUGGUGGGUGGUGCUAGGAGUGGGUAUCAGAUUGAUCAUGGUGCUGGAAGAGGGUUUGGGGCUGGUUAUGGUAGUGGUUUUACUGACCGAGGUAGAGGUGGAGGUGGGGGAGGGUUCGGUGGUAGAGGACAUAGCUAUAACGGCGUAGGAGAUAGGGGUGGCCAUGAAGGUGGGAGAGGAGGUCAUUUCUCAGGAAGGAGUUUUGAUCAUGGUCGUGGAGGUGGUUUUAGUGGGGGUCGUGGUGGCAGAGGAGGUAGGUCGAAGGGGGAUGACUUGGACAACAUUUCGCUUCCUAAACCCGAUUUUAGUGGGUUGAUUCCCUUUAAAAAGGAUUUUUAUGUGGAGAGCCCAUCUGUUAGGGCAAUGACUGAGCAGGAGGUGAUGAUGUAUCGUGCACGUCGUGAGAUUACUGUUGAAGGACACGAUGUCCCCAAACCUAUCCGGAUGUUUGAAGAAGCAAGUUUCCCUGGUUACUGCCUUGAGGUGAUUGCCAGACUGGGGUUUGUUGAGCCAACGCCUAUUCAAUCACAAGGAUGGCCCAUGGCAUUAAGAGGUCGAGAUCUUAUAGGCAUUGCUGAGACGGGUUCUGGAAAAACUUUGUCGUAUUUGCUGCCUGCUUUUGUUCAUGUUAGUGCUCAGCCCAGGUUGGCUCAAGGUGAUGGCCCCAUCGUACUAGUCCUAGCACCUACUAGAGAAUUAGCUAUUCAGAUUCAAGAAGAAGCUUUGAAGUUCGGAUCAGUUGCUAAUAUAAGAAGUACUUGUAUAUACGGCGGUGCUCCAAAGGGGCCACAAAUUCGUGAUCUUAAAAGAGGAGUUGAAAUUGUCAUAGCUACACCUGGUAGAUUGAUUGAUAUGUUGGAAGCUCAGCACACUAACUUGCGAAGAGUGACUUACCUUGUGCUGGAUGAGGCCGACCGUAUGCUAGACAUGGGAUUUGAACCCCAAAUCAGGAAAAUUGUUUCUCAGAUUCGCCCAGAUAGACAGACCCUGUACUGGAGUGCCACAUGGCCUAGGGAGGUGGAAACUCUGGCAAGACAGUUCCUACGCAACGCUUACAAGGUCAUCAUUGGAUCUCAAGAACUGAAAGCAAAUCAAUCUAUACAUCAAAUUGUUGAAGUUAUGACUGAUUUGGAGAAAUAUAAUAGGUUGAUCAGAUUGCUGAAAGAAGUAAUGGAUGGGAGUAAAAUUUUAAUUUUUGUGGAGACUAAAAAGGGAUGUGAUCAGGUUACAAGACAACUAAGAAUGGAUGGAUGGCCAGCUCUGUCCAUACAUGGUGACAAAAACCAGGACGAAAGGGAUUGGGUUCUAGCAGAGUUUAAAAGUAGCAGAACUCCUAUAAUGAUUGCUACUGAUGUUGCUGCUCGUGGCCUUGAUGUGAAGGACAUUAAAGUCGUAGUCAACUACGAUUUCCCUUCGAAUUUGGAGGAUUAUGUCCAUAGGAUUGGCCGAACUGGCCGUGCAGGAGCCACGGGAACUGCUUUCUCAUUUUUCACUCAUGCAAAUGUGAAGCAUGCUAGAGAACUCAUCAAGAUUCUGCAACAAGCUGGGCAGGCCGUGCCGCCUCAACUUGCUGCUUUGUCACGAACUGCUGGAAAUGAUACGGGAGGAUCGGGGCGCAACUUCCGAUCCCGAGGCCGAGGAGGCGGCGGCUUUGGCAACCGUUCGGGGUCUAAUGUGAUACCUAUAGGUGGAAGAAGGCCUUAUUAGUUUUGUGCCUUAAGUUUGUAAUGGAUGUACAAGUUUUACUAUGAUCUUUAUUUGUGUA